AUUGAACAUGGAAAAAAUGGACGUGCAGCGGCCGCCCAUCCGAACCUUGGAUGAUUUUGUUUUGGGCUCGGCUCGGUUCGCCGUGCCAGAUAUUCGUCAUCUGGAGAGAUGGAACAAUCGGAUCAUAAAUAACUUGCUGUAUUACCAGUCCAACUAUUUCCUCUCGUUUUUGACAGUCCUGGGAAUAGUAGGGUAUGUUUCUGACGUGGUCGUUUGCUGCAUGAAACCACAGCUAUGGAGAUCAAUUGUAAUGGCGUCAUUUUGUAGGCACUAACUCCGCCAUGGUUCGUUUGACAAGGCCUAUGGGGAAAUUAAUUGAGUUUUUGUAGGGUUUUGUUGUCAACACAGGCUUAGGAGAUCUUAUACGUUUUGUUCUAUGAGAUAAUCUUCCUCAGCUAACGUCACUUGUUGUGAAUUUUGAAGCAUUUAUGUAAUAAAAAAAAGUACAAAGGCUUCAUAAUUCAUAAAGGUAAUGUUAACUGAUUGAUAUUAUCUCAUAGAACAAAACGUAUAAGAUCUCCUAAGCCUGUGUUAACUUCAGUCCUUAUUUUCUGUAUUUAUCCCAAAGCCCUAUUCUUUCCCCAUUCCUUUUCCCCAUAGGGAUGACUGAACGAACAAGAGGUAACUCAUUUCCUGGUUUUAGGACUACAAGCUGGCAAGCUUUAUAGUAGCUGCUAUUGUAAUGUGAGACAUCACAAAUUCUGUGGAAAUGGGUGUGCUGGGUCAUGGUCCAUAAUCAACAUAAUCAUGUAUAAGCUAGGUAACAAGCCAUUGGCUAUGAUAAUGGGCUGAUUAAUCGUUUUAUUGGAUUCAUGGCCUUAACAAUGGGACACACAACUUAGUUAACCUAUAUAGAGGAAAGUCCACUAACAUCAGCCUUUUCUCUAUCCCUCCUGCUCUGACAGGUUUUUCCGGACCUUCCACCUCUUCUUGGGUGCCACAGUGGUGACGUUGAUAUUUAUGGGGUUUGUGUGGGCAGCAGAGAACCAGGCCCCCAUCAGACAGUUGCGCCGGAACCACCCAUCCCUAGCCCUGGGUGCCAUCCUGGGGGCUAGCUACCUCUUCCUCACAGUGCUCGGAGGAGUAUCCGUCUUCCUCUUCGGCAUAGCCUUCCCCAUCUUAUGUAGUAUUUAUUCUCUCUUUCACCUCGCCCCACUCUUGUUGCCACAAUUUAAACAUAUAUCUAAGGUUUAUAGCAAUAUUGUAACAUAACUCUCUCUCUCUCUCUCUCCCUUUGUUAUGCCCCUGGUCUCUCGUUUCUCUCUACCUCUAUGUCUCAUACAGUGAUACUGAUCCACGCCUCUGUUAGGCUGAGGAGCCUCAAUAACAAGUUUGAGAACAAGCUGGAGAGCAUUGGUCUGAAGAGAACACCCAUGGGGCUCCUACUGGAGUCACUCGGACAGGACCAGGAGGCUGGGUCCUAGAGGGGGAGGAGAGGAAGGGGUAGAGAGACAUGCCUGGUUCUAUCUCAAUCUCUUGCCCCUAGCCCUAUUCACAGAUCGGAAAGGACUGGAUAAAUAUUAGCAAUAUGGUGAUUAUGCCCCAAUAAGCUAAGUUCCUUCACAUAUCCUGUCCUGAUAUGUAUUCACAGGGGUAGGGGCUAGAGACCUAAAUGGAAUGAGGCCUCAGACUAAGAGUGGGAGACAAAGGGAGGUGGCGAGGGAGGGAGGCUGAGGAAAGUAGAGGAAGAGAGGAGGGAAGUACAGUAAAGCAGUGGUGAAAUGGUUGUUAUGAUAUCACAGUGUCACGAAUGUGGUGUAACAGAUUGCAAAUUCUGUAAAAUCUAUGUGGCCUAUGUAAUGCACACAACAACCGUCGUGGUUAAUUCCUCCACAUUCGAAGUCAUUUUGCACAUGUGACAAGCUCCUUAUUAGAGUUUGCAUUCUAUCCUCAGAAAACUGAAAGCUGACAUUAUGUGAGCUGAAAAACUCUGCACUGAGAAGAAAAUGUGUCCUCCUAACAGACAUGGAGAGUGGAGAGUGCUACAAUUAGAUGGUUUAUAAAAUGCAAUUUAAACGGUAGCGUUGUGGUUAAAAACGUUUUUUUACAUGGAAACCUGAAGGUGUUUGAUGAGCCGCUACUCUGUAACUCCUGACCACACUACUUUUUGUGUUAUUGUCCAUCCUCUACUGCUGUUGGGUUUAACAAUUUGAUGCAGUUGAACGUUUCAAUGAGUUGGGAUAGAUCAAGGACAAUUGUGGAACAACUGUAUGCUUUUCAUAGAAAAACAAUUCAUUCUACUUCUAUGAUGCUAUGAUUACAAUAAUUUUUACUGGGAUUAUGUAUGUGUCUCUGUCCAAGCAUUAUGUGUUGCUAAGAACAUUCAUGUCAGUAUGCCGUCAUUGUGUAAAAUGUUAUUCUAUUGAGAAUAUUGUAUUUCUUUGAUAUUUUUCAGCAGUGCAUUCUAGGGAUAUUGUGGUUAUGGUUUUUUUUUUUCUCCAAUGCUGUUAAAUUGUAUUUGCACUUCAUUUAAUACAUAUGCAAUAUCUUGUCAUGAUUUUAUUUUUCAAUCAGCCUAUAAUAACUU